GGUGGCGGCCGAGGCCCCCUGGGUGGCGCCAUUUCGGAGUGGCGGCGCGCGGCGGCGUUGGCCUUGUCUGCCCCUUCGCCGCCUGUCCCCGCCGCUCCGCGCCCUCCCGCCGCCAGUAUGAGCGUGGUGGAGCACGUACGAGAGAUGGCGGCCGCCGGGCUCCACUCUAACGUGCGGCUCCUCAGUGGGCUUCUCCUAACGAUGAGUGGCAAUAACCCGGAACUCUUUUCACCAUCUCAGAAAUACCAGCUCCUUGUAUAUCAUGCAGACUCUCUCUUCCAUGAUAAAGAAUAUAGAAAUGCUGUAAGUAAGUAUACAAUGGCCUUGCAGCAGAAAAAAGCAUUAAGUAAAACUUCAAAAGUAAGACCUUCUACUGGGAAUGCUGCAUCAACUCCCCAAAGCCAGUGUUUACCAUCAGAAAUCGAAGUGAAAUAUAAAAUGGCUGAAUGUUAUACAAUGCUGAAGCAAGAUAAAGAUGCCAUUGCUAUUCUUGAUGGGAUUCCUUCCAGACAGAGGACCCCAAAGAUCAAUAUGAUGUUGGCAAAUCUGUACAAGAAAGCAGGUCAAGAGCGCUCAUCUGUUACGAGCUACAAGGAGGUACUGAGACAGUGCCCUUUAGCACUUGAUGCCAUACUAGGCUUGCUCUCGCUGUCGGUGAAAGGUGCUGAAGUGGCCUCUAUGACAAUCAAUGUAAUUCAGAGUAUUCCUAACUUGGAUUGGCUUUCUGUGUGGAUCAAGGCAUAUGCUUUUGUGCAUACUGGAGAUAACACAAGAGCAAUAAAUACCAUUUGCUCUUUAGAGAAAAAGUCCUUACUGAGGGAUAAUGUAGACUUGCUGGGGAGCUUAGCAGACCUGUAUUUCAGAGCUGGAGAUAAUAAAAACUCUAUUCUAAAAUUUGAACAAGCACAAAUGCUGGAUCCUUACCUAAUAAAAGGAAUGGAUGUGUAUGGCUAUUUAUUGGCACGUGAAGGUCGACUAGAGGAUGUUGAGAACUUGGGCUGCCGUCUCUUCAAUAUUUCUGAUCAGCACGCGGAACCCUGGGUGGUAUCUGGGUGUCAUAGUUUCUACAGUAAACGGUACUCUCGUGCCUUAUACUUAGGAGCCAAAGCUAUCCAGCUUAAUAGUAACAGUGUUCAAGCUCUCCUGCUGAAAGGAGCUGCUCUUAGGAAUAUGGGCCGAGUACAGGAAGCAAUUAUACACUUCCGUGAAGCGAUACGUCUUGCACCUUGCAGGCUGGAUUGCUAUGAAGGUCUCAUCGAAUGUUAUCUCGCAUCCAACAGUAUCCGCGAAGCUAUGGUUAUGGCAAAUAAUGUGUAUAAAACUCUGGGAGCAAACGCACAGACACUGACUCUGUUAGCAACAGUGUGUCUCGAAGACCCAGUCACACAGGAAAAAGCAAAAACAUUAUUGGACAAAGCGCUAAUGCAAAGACCUGAUUACAUUAAAGCUGUGGUAAAGAAAGCAGAACUUCUUAGUAGAGAACAAAAAUAUGAAGAUGGAAUUGCUUUGCUGAGGAAUGCACUGGCUAAUCAAAGUGACUGUGUUCUGCACCGAAUACUGGGAGACUUUCUUGUAGCUGUCAAUGAGUAUCAGGAGGCGAUGGACCAGUACAGUAUCGCCCUGAGUUUGGAUCCAAAUGAUCAGAAGUCACUGGAAGGAAUGCAGAAAAUGGAAAAAGAGGAAAGUCCAACAGAUGCAACCCAGGAAGAAGAUGUGGAUGAUAUGGAGGGAAGUGGAGAAGAGGGGGACUUGGAAGGCAGUGACAGUGAAGCAGCGCAGUGGGCAGAUCAAGAACAGUGGUUUGGCAUGCAGUAACAGCCUCUCAUCAUGCUGCUGCUUUUGGCACUUGAACAUACCACUAGGGCCGUUCUUCUUUGAAGAAAGAUAACUAUGAUUUUUGCAGUAAUAAAGAACUUCCUUUUUUUUUUUUUUUUUUUUUUAAUAUGGACUCUGAGACCAUUUAAUAAUUCUACACAUCUCAAUACCAUGAAGAUUCUUGAUGCUUAUUUAUUAAAUGUAAGGGACUAAUUGUAUCAGAGGUUAUUUCCAACUUUCAUUUCAGAAAAUUCCUGCAAAAACUGAACGCGUUAGAAUCUGAAGUGUGUAAUAAGCCUGUUGUUCAUGAUGAAAACAAUGUCUAAAUUCUGUCCAGGGCUAAGUGUGCUUGAUCACUUUGUAAAUACAAUGGUUUGUACUUCUUUGUGGAAAAGGUGUUACCCUCUGGUUUGUAUGCUGCCAUUUGGGCUCGCACUCCUGGCGAAGUCUGGAGGAGUUGCUUGGGUGUGGCUGAAAGCAGCAAUUUUCUCUUGCUGUGUUUGUUGAAUUAAUUUGUGUUUUUCUAAGGCAUUACAUGUGCUGUACAGGAGGAGUUUGGUACACUGGGCAGCUUGACUUACAGGACACUUUUGUAGCUGACUGAUUUCUAUGUGUACAGAACUAAGCCAGUGUUGGAGAAUUACAGUCAUUUCCUCAAUCCUUACUAAACCCUGUAAUCACUUAAAAGCCUGUACAUGAACGUUUAUUUUUAAAUGCAGUUUAGUUAUAUUUCAGUAUGUUACUAAAAGGUUUUGCAGCGGUGACUCAAAGCACUUCAUGUUCUGUAUACAGCACUGACAUUUAAAAUGAUAUAAAAAGAAUUCAUCCCUCUUCGCUGGCAUUGCUGUAGAAAUGUUAAAUUAUGCAAAUAGACAUAUUGUCUUGUU